AAGGCGCAAACUUUCGCUUUUAUUUAUUUUUAUAAAGUUUACUCAAGACCCCGAUCUGUCGGAGGGCGGGCUCGCUAGCGUGACGGAUGAGAAAUGGCAUGCAUUUGGAUGAAGCUCUGUCCUCUUCUGUUAUCACUCGUUUGUGUCUCAGCUGACGAAUGCCUUACUGCCAGCAUUGGGAAGACGGUGCAAAUUCCCUGCUUUGUGAAAACUAACGAGUCCUUAAAGGCAGAAAACAUUUCAGUGGAGUGGACAACAAGUGAAGGUCUCAUCAUUCAUUCCUUUGUCACAGGAAAGGAUGAUCUGACAAAUCAAGACUCCCGGUUCAAAGGCCGAACGCAGCUCUUCAGUUCUGGAGUGUCACGUGGUGACCUCUCGUUGAGCCUGUUAAACGUGUCAGUCGAUGAUGAAGGGACAUUUAAGUGCAGUUACUACGACAGCAGUAUCGGGGAUGACAACAGCAGAGAUCUGUCUAAGCACUGCCUUCAAGUCGCAGAUCAUUACUCUGUCCCGAUUGUUUAUGGGCCACCUGCUGGGUUAAAUAAGAGUGAAGUCAACUUCACCUGCAAGUCUAUGGGGGGACACCCUGAGCCAAAGGUGCGGUGGUCAGUGAAUAAUAAGCCACUGGAGGACUCAAGACGAGUGACGACAACACCGAGCAGAGACAGCAGGGGGCGUUACAAUGUGACCAGCGUCCUAACUGUGAAUGUGACAAGAGACGUGUCUGUGACCUGCACUGUCGAGAAUGAGAGACUGAGAGAGCAGAGGACGUCAGCUGAAAUUCAGUAUCGGAUUAACGACCACGAGUCAGUGCAAGACCACGCUAAUGCAACAAAUGUGGUGAUCAAAGUGGUGGUGAUGGGACUGCUGAUUGUGGGGUUUGUGGCUCUGAUUUUAUGGAUUAAGAAGACGUGUCAAAGCCAUGCAAGACCUGGAAACAAUAAUGCCAAUCAAGGAAGAAUAAACAACGAACAAGAUGAAGCUCAAAGUUCAAAGCCGAAGAUACAUCUGGAUGUGACAGUUCUUCACCAAUCCUUAGAAGCACUGCAGUACAAACUGAUUUGAACAAACCGUGAAGUCUGACUGGAAGACGAAACUGCCAACGCUUCAUUUUGACUUUUGCAUAGUAAUGUCAUUUAAUAUGUGUUUCAGUUUCUUUUACCUCUUUUGCUGACAAUUAAUGUCUGUUCAGUCUUCACUGUGAACCUUUUUUAUAAUGGUGAGAUCUUACAGUAUAUUCACUGUGAAAAAUGUGAGGGAAAUCAGAGCUAAACUGAAUAACAGGCUACAUCCGCAGCACAUAAGGUCUGUACAGUGGUGGACCACAACGAUUUACUUGGCCACGUCCACCAUACAGUGAACCGCGACCGUUAAAUGUGUAGACAAACUGCUGACAACUAGAAAACCAACACUCGGCAGGAAUAUUCCAUCUUAAUGUAAAGCCGACGUGUACACUUGGUGCUCAUAAGAAGUAACCGAGGCUAAGCUUAUAUCAAGUGUAAUUAGUUACAAUUAGAAUUGGGAUUUCCUCUUUCCUUUGUGUAUUAAGAACGCAGCAUUGCUUAUCGUGUGAUUGUCCUAAUGCAUCUGCCAUAGCUGUAAAUGCAGAUUUUCCUGUGUUUACUCAACAAACCAAGAGUAGUGAUGAUGAAGGCGCACUUGCUCUCAUGUAUAUAAUGUGCUAACACUAACUUGCUGCCUACGGUUUGUGAGGGAACAGUAAUAGAAGUUUGGUAUGAAAGAGCUCAUACGUUCAUUAUUAGGCUUAUAAACCAAAAUUGGAGACUGCAGGUGGAGCUCAAGUCAAUAAACGGAAGCCAUUCAUAGGACUUUACGGGUCUAGGGUGUAGCCAUGUGUGUGCCAGCACGUGCCCAUACCUCCUUGCUUUAUUGUGUUGUCAGAUCACAUGUGAUGCGCACCCACCUAACACAAACCUCCUAGGAGAUAGACGGGAGGGAAUGUCAAAAACCAGACAGACACCCGAUACCUGUAAAAGUACAAUACUAUUUACAUAUACAAUUUAUUUUUGUAUAGCCCAAAAUCACACAAGUAGUGCCACAAUGGGCUUUAACAG